UCUAGAGUAGUAUAAAAGUUGUAUUGAUACAAAAAUAUUAUUAUUCGCUAUGAAAGUAUGUAAUAUAUAUACUAUAUAUGUAUAUACAUAUAUAGCAUAAAGUAGGUAAACAAUUAUUAAUCGCUUGCAUUCAUAAAAUGUUUGCUAUAUUGCAAUCACUCUGUAUUUUUAUACUUGAUAAACUGUCAUGCCAACAACGUUGCUAACCCUGUUCAGAUGAAAUCAAAGAAGCAGGCAUAACAAAACAAGAAUUUUCCAUUUGAAGUGUUUGAUAAAAGAGAAUCAGAAAAGGUGAAAAACGCUCAUAUCGGUGAAAAAUCUGUGAAAACUAUUAAUCACGAAUUUGUGUGAAGUUAGCAACGCGCUUGAAAUUUUUAUUAGUUAUAAAUUGGAUCUAUGACGAGUAGUACGUAAAAAAGUGAGAACGGACACGCAACCAAACAAGAAAAAGAAAACAUUGAAUAAGAUUUUAAGAGGGGUGUGCGGUGCGUGCGGCGGUAUCCAGACCUAUAGAAGUGAGACCUUGAGAAAAAAUACGACGAAUAUUGCUUAGGACAGUGUAGGGCGAAGCACCAAGGAAUGGCGUAUGAUCUCCAGCAGCCAUUGUGAAUACAAAAAAAUCGGAAAAGUUAAUAAUUAUUUUACAAGUGAAAACUAGUUGUAGAGAUAUUGUACGAAAAGUGUUUGUCCAUAAUGCCAAAAGUAAUGGGAUCAAUUGAUGCGGAAGGGAAUGUGACAGCCGGGUCACAUAGUGGACGUGAGGCACGCAAUUUAGCCGAAAAGCAACGCCGGGACAAAGUAAAUGCAAGUAUACGGGAACUAGCUAACAUAGUGCCACAGGCGGCGGAUUCAUCGCGACGAUUAGACAGGACCGGUAUACUAAGGUGUGCAGCGCAUGGCUUUCGUUUGCAAUACAUAUUUGGUAAAUCAGUGCCAAGAAAACAGACAAUGACAGAGCUCUCACAAGAUCCGAAUUUUGCGGAUGCGUUGACAUACUUAUUAGACAGCUUCUUUAUAACACUAACCUGUCAUGGACAAAUUGUCGUAGUAUCAAACAGUGUGGAGAAAUUACUCGGACAUUGUCAAUCGGAUCUCUAUGGACAAAAUAUACUGAGCAUAACACAUCCAGACGAUCAUCCGAAUAUGCUGCAACAACUAAUACCACGUGACAUGGAAGCGCUAUUCCGUUGCAGUCACGAAUAUCAAAUGCAGCAGCAAAAUAAUGAUAGUAACAGCAAUGAAAACACUGAUACGUUUUUGAAAGACAUCAAUGAACGCUUGCGUAAUGAUAAGCGUUCAUUUGUUGUACGUUUAGCACGGGCGGGUACACGUUCAGAGGCGAAUCGGAAGUAUGAAUUGGUCCGAAUUGAUGGCUGUUUUCGACGCAGCGACUACUCUUGCUCAAAUGGCACAUUUCCUAUUGUUUCACAUGUUUUGCGGCGAACACGUUACAAUGGCACUGAAGGUGUCCAUGCAAUGCAGCAUGAUGUUAUAGCACAAGCCGCACUGCACGGCAUAAGUGGCAACGAUGUGGUGCUUGUAGCUAUGGCACGCAUCAUACAUACACCAAAGAUUACCCAUUAUCUAACGAGCGAGAAUAGCGGACGCAUGGAAUAUAGAACACGGCACUUAAUAGACGGACGAAUAAUUGACUGUGAUCAGCGUAUCGGGCUGGUGGCUGGAUACAUGAGAGAUGAGGUCUACAAUCUUAGCCCGUUCUCUUUCAUACACCACGAUGAUGUGCGCUGGGUAAUUGUUGCGUUACGCCAGAUGUACGACAAUUUUGACGAGCAAGGUGAAAGCUAUUAUCGCCUACUCACACGGAAUGGAACCUUUAUUUAUCUGCAUUCGCAGGGUUACUACGAUACCGUAGACACCGAGCGUAAUGUCUACUCUUUCGUUUGCAUCAACACGCUGUUGGAUGAGGAGGAGGGCCGUUAUUACAUGGAGGAUAUGAAGCGACGCUUUUCUACAAUUAUACAUUCGAAUUUGCCCAUCUCUUCAACGGUGGAUGCACCUGCCUCUCACGAUCCCGUACGUUUGGAACGCAGUGUAAUGUUUUUAAUUGACAAUUUACAAACACGUCGUACGCAAGGUAAUGGCACAGGCUGCGGUGAAGAUACCGCUACACAGGCAGACAAUGAGCGAACAAAAAGUCGACGUCUGAUGUUGGUGCCGCCGGAAGUCUCCUCGGUGCGCAGCUCAAUCAUGCAAUCGUUGUCCGUGGUGAAUAUUGCUGCUAAGAAUUUGCGCAGAAAUAUACGACGAAAAGCGCGUAGAGAUUUGCGUAGAGCGCAAAGAGGGCCGCAAAGCUGCAGCGAUAGCAGUGAUACAUCCAUCUCAAUAGAUAGCAGUGAUGAAGAUGUUGCGAAUGAUCAAAACACUGCUUCGUCCGAUUCCAUGUACAUAGAUGCAACGCAAGCGAAUUUGAUGCGGCCAAGCGUGCUGCAGAUGAAUACAGGGGCAUCCACAAGUCAGCGGAGCGCGCUGGAACAGCGCCUAACUGCAUCGACAAAUGGUGAAUUCGAUGUGAACAAUGCAACACAUACACCCGCGUUAAAGCGUGCACGUGCAACGGUAAUGGCAGCUAGUUGUAGCAGCGGCAAUUGCAGCGGUGGCAAAAAAAAGAGCACCAAAAUAUACAUUGAAGAAAUCAUUCAUCAACCGAAAACUUGCAUGAGCACGCUACUAACGCCACCCGCAACCACUAUGCCAAUUGCAAGUACGACAGAAAUCCAUGAAGUCAUCAACAAUUCUUUGGAGAACAUCGAUCAGUCACUGCAGAGCAUACAAGCGAAUGCACGCAAUUUGUGCCAACAACAUGCGCAAUUUUUGCCUCUAAAUGUGCCACAGAACUUCAAUCAGCAACUGGAUGAGAUUAUUGUGGAACAUCAGCGUCAAGCUGAGCAGCUCAUUAAUAUCAGAAAUGAGUACGAUGUACAUUUGCAGCAACAGUUGACGCCACACCAACCGCCCGAGUUACAACAAACACAAUUGCCCGCAUUUGAUGACUUAGCUGCUAUAGAUCUACCGCUAUUGCCGCAGUUGGUAUUUCCCGGCGAUGAACAACCGCCGCACAUCGAUGCUGUGCCAAAUGCCAGCAAUUAUAUAGAGGCGAGUGCUACAAUCCUUAGUGAGUUGGAAAAGCGGCUAUAGUGUGUGUGCCAAGUUUGGCCGUGGUGGCUGGUCACUACUGUGACAAUAACAUUGUUGUAAGAGUUAUUUGCGUAUACGCAGCGGUGGCGCCGACACCUUCCAUUUGUGUCACAACACAGCGUAGUGUAACCGGAGCUGGUGAGUGUGCAGCUAUUUUGUGUCUCAUCGUGUUAAUUCAACUACAAAAACACUUCAAACAACAAAAAGAAAAGUUCAAAACAAAACUAAUUCACUAACAAACAAUUUUCCAAACAACAUUGAUAUAGUGUGCCAGGUGGUGGCGUAGAGCAUAUUUUUGGUGAUUUCACUACAAAGAACAAAAAAAUAUUAAACUAUGUGGUGGCUUAGUAGGAUAUUAGUACACUUAACCUAACUGGUGUUGAGAAUUGUUGGCGUGCAGUUAAGAUAACAAAAAAGAGUUAUAAUGUGUUGAGGCAAAUAAGAAACAAAAUGCAGCAAUUAAUUGACAUUGAAAGUGAAGAAAAAAGUGUAAAGAAAGUUUUAAUAAUUGCACAAUAAUAAAGUCUUGAUAUUGUAUAACGGGUUUUCAAGUGAUUGUGCGUUUUCUGUGCACAAAUGCCGGCACGAGCUUAUCGAGUUAAAAAUAGAUAAGCAAGUAGCUUUGAACAGGAAAUGCUAUAUGCGCAGAAUGUUUAAAUGUGGAACAUUUUUUACUAAAUAAGCCUAUCGCAGAAUCUGUGAGUUACAUAAUACAAAAUGUAUCAUUCGAACAUUGUGUUUUUUUAAUUGAACAUUUUUAUAGAAAGUGCAAGUGAUAGUGCAAAUAAAUUUUAUAAUUUAAUAUAAAAAACAAAAUUUUUUAAAAUAAUUUGAUAACAUUUUUUAAUUCCCUUAUACUUUGUGUAAAAAAAAAGUUUACUGUGGUUUUCAACAACAUAAAACCAAGUGCCAGCUAAAUUUAUAAAAAACAAUUCUAAAUGCAUUAUGAAGUAGUCAUUUACAUUUUUUUUGUAAUAUUUGCAUUUUAUAAAUUUUGCGAUUAGAAACCCAAGAAUAACCAAAUAAAAAAAUAUUAAAAAAGUGCUAAUAAAUUUUUUUGAGUUCAAAAUAAUUAAACGAAAAUUCUACAAUUUUAAUAUUUUUCAUAAAUUAUGGCAAACAAAUCCAUACAAAAUUUGAAAAUUUUUUUAAAGUAAAUUUCGCUUUGAAACAAGUUGAAAUGAAAAAUUAAUAAAUUAUAUGAUUGUUCAGAAAAAAUAGAAUAAAUAAAAAACAAGUUUGGCUAAUAAACACUUGUGGUAACAGUCUUUAAAAACAUUACACUAACAUUGAAAGAAUAGAAAUUUCUUAAGAAGAAUCUAUAAAAAAACACAUAAAUAUUAAAAAAUCUCAAAUUUAUUUGACAAUUGAUUGAGAAAUCGCGUAGACAGCUAUGCAAACAAUUUAUUCAGCAAAUUUAAAAAAAAUGUAUAAAACCGACAACGAGAGCGGUGGUUUGAUAAUAAAAAAUGUAAUAUGCAAUAUUGGCCAAAAGUAAGAGCUUGCGCAGAGUAUUUUUUAUAUAUAUUCGACAAUUUAUAAUAUUAAAAAUUAUAUUUUUUAUAAAAAAUAAGCGAAAUCAAAUUAAGAAGAUAUUUUUCUUUACAAAAGCAAAUAAUUAAUUAAUGGUACUAAGAUAAGAAAUCAUUGAAAGACUAAUAAUUUUAGCGUGCUGUGCAAGUUUUGAAAAGAUUUUUUACAAAAAGUAUAAACAAACAUCUUGAGAGAUAGAAUGAACAAUGUACCCAAAAAAGUAUGUGAAUAUACAUACAUGACAUUUAUUUAAAAAUAAUAUACAUAUGUAUGUAUAUGUGUACACAUAUAAAAAUUUUGCUUGGAAAUUAUAUACAACAUAAUAUACAUAUGUAUAAUAUAUAACGCGGUUCGGUAAAAAAUAUAUAACAAAAAAAAUAUAUAUAUAUUUGCUUCAAAAAUAAUGAUGAGAGAUAAUAAUAAGGUUUUUAAAAAAAUUUGCUUGCAUAUUUAACUUUUAUACAAAACAAAAAACCUAAGAGACAACCUACGACGUCUUGGCUUCCCAAAAACCCAGAAUAAAACUUGUCAACGUAUUUUUACUCCAAACGCUUUAACUGCAAAAAAUUCUCAACACAUAAAUAUAAACAAAAAAUUGUUAUAUGUAUAUUUUAUUUUUAAAACUAUAUAUUUUAUAAAAUAUUUUAUAUCACUAAUAAUUUUUAAUGCAGGUUUUAGAAAUAUGUUUCUAAUGUAUUGUUUUAUAUUUUAUUUUAUAAUCGUUUUUCUUAUACAACAUUAACAUAAACCUUAAGUUUACAAACAAUUAAGUGCAGCAAAACUUGGAAAAUUUAUAUAUUAUUAUUUUUUGCAUUGUUUUUUAUUAUUUAAUUUUAAUUAUUUUUUCUAAGCAGUAAUUAAGUUGUGAAAAAGUAAACCCAAAUGAUUGACGAAAUUUUAUGGCAAAGCAAAAUGAGUACAUUUAAGUAAUAUCACUGUUUUUAUUAUGCACACAUCCACACAUCAAUAUGUAUACACGUUUUUAGCUGUUAAUGGUAUAUCUUAAACGAAUAAAACCAAAUAGUUUUUCACUAAGAAAAGCUUACAAUAAAAAUAUGUAUAAUAAAAACUUAUAUAUACAUAUAUUUAUGCAUGCAAAUCUAUGUAAAUAUGUAUGUAUAACUCUGCGAGUAUAUGUGCGUGUCGAAAGCCAUAUUUGGAGCGUAUUUAAGGUGCGGUGCUGUUUAUACAAUAUUUUGCACAUAAGAGGAGUAAUAUAGAAAGCGUAAGAUAUACAAAUAUAUACAUACAUAUGUGUAACGUGGAACUCGUACUAUUUUUAUUAAUUGUAAUAAUAUAAGUAAUAAACUUAAAAAUAAUAAAGGAAUAUGUCAUUCGCAAAAA